CGAAAUUUUCUGAUCCCGGAUUCGUCUUCUUCUCUGCCCUAAUUAGCAAAACCCUACGUGAGCAGCAGCUACAGUCCUGUGUCCUCCGUGAAAUCUCCUUCCGUCGCGUUGAUUUUAAACUUCGUCUUCUUCAUGAUGGAUUCGCCUUGAUCAAUCGUUGAUCGUUCUGUCCCCCCAAAGAUGUCGAAUCACUCCAGAGAUGAGCCCAGUACCGCUCCGAAGACAGACCAAUGGUAUGAUCUGGUCCUGGGUUCCUCUGCCAAAGAUGAUUCAUCUCAUAAAUUCUGCACUUUGCGAUAUGAAUUCAAGCCUGCUUCUAUUGAUAAGAAGAGGUCAGGGACUCUGCACAAGAAGAAGGAUAACAGAGUUUCAGUUGAGUUUCAGAAUAACCAACCUGGUAAACCCAAAGUGACGUUUGAAGGUAGCAGCGAGGAUUACAAAGAAAACGAUGCGGUGUUGUUUUUUGAUGGGGAGAAGUUUCGUUUGGAGAGGAUGCAUCGUGCUGUGAAGCAGCUACGACAUCUUAGGACACCUGGUGAAUCUGCUGCUGCUUCUCAGCCUGCAGUGUCUCUCGAGCAUCGGUUAUCUCCUGUUGGUCGUGCUGCUAAAUCUCCUCAAGUUAAUAGAAUUUUGCGUCCAGAUGUGUCUGUUGAGGUGGAAAGAAUCGAAAUUGGGAAGUCAGAGAGCUCAGCUGAACCUGCGAGAAACUUAUCUGCUAUAUCACCACCAGUUGAGGACAAGAACGAUGAUGUAGAUGAGCAUCACGAGAUCGAUCUGGUUGAAAUAUUCGGGUCAUUCACACCAGAGAACGACAAUGCAGAGAAAGAGAAUGCUGAUGGUGUAGAAUAUGCCGAAAACUUAAGCAAGCAGCUUAGCAUCACGGAAGAAGAGAUUGCAGAUGUGGAUGACGAUAGCGGCGGUGAAGGAGAAAAGGGUCUAAACGCAGCAGAAGCACUUAGAGCACAAGUGAACCGAGAGGAACAAAAGGUUCAAACCUCAAGCUCAAGCAGUAGCAGUGAUAGCAGCACCGGGAGUGACAGUGAUGGUCGUAGCAAAAGCGUAAGCAGCGGAAGCGGCAGUGGUGGCCAGAGUAGCAGCGGUAGCAGUAGCCGUGGAAGUGGAGGGAGUGACGAUGAAGAUGAAGUUAACUCCGUGUAACAAACAAACCAACAACAGCAACAACAGUUCCAACAACUUUUGUAUCAAACAAUACUUCCAUAUUUAAGACACAGUGUCUGAAUAAUUUGGUUUGGAAGAUCCAAAAGGGUAAAAAAGUUAUGUUUUACUACGACAGAAAUAGCAAAACAUAAAUGAUAUGGUCCAGUUACUAUU